CCCUGUGAUAAAACUUGGUUAAAACCACUGUUUGUGGGGGGGCGGCGCCUGACCGGCAAGCUGAACGGUCGCACACAGAGUGCUCCUGCCACACACGCUACAAAAUAAGCACUGUGACCCCAAACGAACCCUGAAAUCAUGCCAGGGCACACUAUUCGAUCAAUCUGAUACCAGACAAAAGAGACUUCAACGACCGUAACUAUGAGAAGGCACAUUGCGGCCUACGGGGGAUGGCGGCGGGGAGAGGCAGCCGCUCGCUCCAACCCAACACCAAGGCAGCAGUGACACUGAAUGUCAGCCUAACUCUCCCCCUCCCCCCUCUCCCCAAGACCGGCGGGGGUAAUCCCGGUCCACCACCCUGAAGCAAUCGGGCCAGGGCAGAUGCAAACCUCUACACCCGCAGGAAUGGCACCUAGACACACUGAACAGCACAAUGGCGGAUGCCACAUGCCAAGUGGAGUGCGACACAGAAGUGCUGGACUAUUCGACCAGGCUAAAUGCCAUCUUCGAAGCCUUUUGGGCGAAGUUAGAGAGCAGAGCACAGCAGUUCAAAGAAAACACACGACCACGAAGGGGAAAACCUCAAGCAACCCUGCUGCAAGCGAGCUACUCCUCGACCGGUCAAUGCCCAAGAGGGUGCCGCAGAGGGAAAAGCCCUCCGCUUAAGACACCUCAUGAAAGGAUAUCACGCACGUCGGCGAAGAUACAAAGCGCUGCAAACUCCUCAUGCACCCAGCAACCAACCGGGACGAGCAGGCCAGCCGCGAAAGGCACACCGCACUACAACACACGAGACACAGACACAGCCACAGUUGAACCAGCGGACCUCAGCAAAUGCAACCCCGUCCUCUACUCGCUGACUCUCGGAGGAGCGGAAACGGCACUAGGUACCCGGAACCAGAGGGUCCAGAGCAUAAAGUUAGCUGGACUUUGGCAGUUAAGCUGCAACGGCCUCCCAUCGAAAGGCAUCGGCUGAACAGCCCACUGGGACACUCAACACACAGGCAAGGUCUGCGGUAAUCACAGCUUAGUUAUGGACUACUUACCUCUGGAUUCAAUUCUCGUUUCUUCUUGGACUGUUUUGCACUAUCUGCCAUUAAGCACAGGCCACACUCAAUAAGCAAAUGUUAUUAAUCCACUUAAACAAAAAUAGUGCAAUACCACCUUAAGAUAUGCUCCUGCGUGCAUUAAAAAUUGUUAUAGCCUGUAUACAUAUAGUAGAUACUCCAUUAAUCUGCCUAGCAUAUUCUAAAAGUGUUGCAUAACCCUAGCCAGCUCAUGCAAAUCAAUGAUGAACCUAUAAUUUAGCUUGCAUGUACCACAAACGUAGAACAUCAACCUACACUACAACCACAGACAGCAAGACCAGCCUACAUGUAUAUGUUAU